AUGACAUCUCAGCUCCUGUAUAUAGUACGGCGAGGAGUUCCAGGGGUGUAUAUGUAUGGUAUUUUCAAGCGACGAAAAUAUUUUCCCCAUACUUAUAUUCAUCAAUUAAGGAUCGUUUUCAAGCUCAAGGAAGACAAGUUUCAUUUCAUGGCGUUAUCAGACACGCAACAAAGGAUCAUGCCUAGACGAGAAGAUCGAGAACAUAGCCACUGUCAGGUUCUUGCUUACCCAGAAGCUGUUUUAUUGACUAAUCCAAUCAAUCCGAAACUCAAAGGAGAGGUUGACGAUAAGUACCAGUAUUCGAUUGAGAGCAAAGAUAACAAGCUUCACGGGUGGAUAGCGGAUCACGACGCUGUCGGCUUUUGGAUAAUUACCCCCAGCGAUGAGUUCCGAACUGGUGGCCCGCACAAGCAGGACCUCACUUCUCAUGUUGGUCCUACUGCUCUCUCCAUGUUUGUUAGUAAUCAUUACACGGGGAAGGACAUUGCCGAGUUCUACAAGGAAGGAGUGGCUUGGAAAAAGGCUUUCGGCCCUGUGUUGAUCUAUCUAAACUCUGCAACUUUUGAUCAUGCUCAUCGUUACCGAAAGUCACUGUGGAAGGACGCUAAAAAGCGGUUGAGUAAAGAAAUCAAAAGCUGGCCUUACAGUUUCGCUGCUUCAAAGGAUUAUCCUCAUGCUGAUCAUCGAGGAGAAGUUAGUGGUCAAUUACAAGUGCGAGACAAAUAUUUGCACAAGCAAUUAAUGAAGGCCAAAUCUGCCUUCGUGGGGUUGGCAGCGCCUGGACGUGCAGGAUCAUGGCAAACUGAAGGAAAGGGAUAUCAAUUCUGGACUCAAACCGACAGGGCUGGUCAUUUCAGUAUAAAAAAUGUCCGACGAGGGAAAUAUAACUUGUAUGCAUGGGUCCAUGGUUUCAUCGGGAACUAUAAAUUAGACCGCAACGUCAGUGUCCAUCCAGGACAUAAGAAAAACUUGGGUACACUUAUAUAUGACCCUCCAAGAAGUGGUCCUACAUUGUGGGAAAUCGGGAUUCCCGACAGAACAGCUGCCGAGUUCUUCAUACCUGAUCCAAAUCCAACAUUUGUUAACUCGAUCCUCAACCAUGAGGGUGAAAAAUUUAGACAAUACGGAUUAUGGGAUCGGUACUCAGAUACUUAUCCUCACCAUGAUCUUGUCUUCAAAGUUGGGGCUAGCAAUUAUUCCAGGGAUUGGUUCUUUGCUCAUGUUCCUAGGCGCACAGGAAACGAUACCAAGGCAACCACAUGGAAGAUCAAAUUCAGACUGCAGGAAGUGAAAAAGUCUGGAAAAUACACUCUCCAAAUGGCCUUGGCAGCCGCUAACUUUGCUGAGGUUCAGGUUAGAAUCAACACACCAGAUGGUAGUCCCCAUUUUACGACGAACAGAAUCGGGUACGAUAAUGCAGUAGCAAGACAUGGAAUUCAUGGAUUGUACAGAUUGUAUAGCAUAAAUGUGCCAGGGAAAGGAUUACGGGGAGGGAACAACACGAUCUUUCUAACUCAGACAAGAUGCAAAGAUGAAUUCAUGGCAGUUAUGUAUGACUAUAUUCGAUUAGAAGGACCUGCAGUUUAAUCAAUUACCUAAUCAUGUACUAAUAGGAAGUUGCUUUAUAUUCUUUCUGAACAUGGUUUAACCCCAAUUUUGGCUAAAAUAAGUACAUAAAAUGAGAAUAGGAAA